AUGAAUAUUAUCUACUUAUUAGGUAUUUUAGCUCCAAGCUUCAAUAAUAACAGCCAGCUUUUUAAUAACACCGACUUUGACUCAGGAAACAAUGCAGAUCAUCCAAUCGACGCAAAAGAAUUUUCGGAAACUUCAAUUUCUCCAUUCUAUUCCUGUUCACUUAGAAUUAUUGAUUCUUCAUUCUUGUCAUUAGCAUCGUUCCAAAGAGAUGAUAUUCCUGAAGCCGGCGGAGCAAUCUUUGCUGCAUCAUCAACUGUUGACAUAAAGUCUUCAGAUGAUGCAAAAGAAUGUAAAUUUUCCGAUAAUAGCUCUCCAGUUGGAGGAGCAUUGGCCUUAUCCUGUUGCGACACCAUAAUUAAAAGGGCAAAAUUUACCAAUAACACAGCGUAUUUCGCAGGCGGUGCAAUAUACGUUGAUAAUAUGGAAAAACUAAAUGAUCCCAACUUUCAAAUUUACAUAUUUGAUAGCAAUUUCGAAAACAAUACAGCAGGAGACGACGGAGGAGCGAUAGCAUGCUUACUUCUUAAAGAUUGUUACAUUGAUAACUGUGGUUUUAUGGCAAAUGAUGCCAAGCUACGUGGUGGCGCAAUUUUUUCCGAAAUGACAAAAAUUUCUAUUUUUGAUUCGAAAUUCGAUACAAAUACAGUCGGAAAAAUUGUAAAUUCUAAGCAAGACACUGCAAAGUAUUAUGAUGCAACAAACAACAAAAAAUAUUUAGAAGAUUAUUCUUAUCAUUUCAGAGGAAGAGGUGGAGCUGCGAUUUAUUUCCAGGGAUCUAAAUCUAAUGAAACUACAGCAAGUUUAUAUACUCAAAAUACAUGUUUUCGAGACAAUCAAGCCUAUCGCGGAACAAAUCUUGCAGAAAAGUGCAAAGACCCGGCCAUCAUUUAA